AUGUCGCCUGAACCGAUCAAUGUCCUCUUCUGUUGUUUGGGUAAUAUCUGCCGAAGUCCUAUGGCGGAAGCCGUCUUUCGCCAUGCGGUACAGAAGCAGCGCGCCGACGACCAUUUUGGCGUGAUUGACAGUUGCGGGACCGCCGACUAUCAUGAAGGCGAAGAACCUCACUCCACCACGGUAAAAGUCUGCCAAGAGAACCAAGUUCCCAUUAACCAUAUCGCCCGGGCCAUCACUCGGGAUGACUUUUACAAGUUUCUCUAUAUUUUCGGCAUGGACACCAAUAAUGUCAAAAAUCUACAGCGCAUGCAACCAAAGGACUCCAAAGCACAGGUUAAACUAUUUUCUGCAUUUGACGACAAUGCCACGGUGAUGGAUCCCUAUUAUAUUGGUACAAGUGCCUUCUACACCGUGUUUGAGCAGUGCCAACGCUAUUCUCGUGCCUUUCUCGACACCCUUCAGCGUGGCUCGAACGCUCAACUGUAA